AAUUUUCCGAUUACCUUGUAGUGAGAUGGCGGACUAGGAGAUUUUGUUUACAAAUUAAAGAAUUAAAAGGGUAGGAAAUGAAUAGUGAGGCACUGCAAUCUGCCGAUAAACUAUCGGAAAAAUUCGUGCAAUCAAUUAGAGUCCUUUUCGAGAUAUUGGAUGAAGAUAAAACAGGUUUUGUUCACGUUGACGCUAUUUCCCCCAGAUGGAAUGGGGACAAAACUGUUACAAUACAACUGCGAAAAUUUGCUACAUCUGCCGGCUUUUUAACAUUUGAAAGUUUAUGUAAAGCAUUUAGACAAGUUGUAUGCGCUAAAGAAGUUCAUAAAGAGAAAAUGAUCAACGAAGAAUCCAAUGAACCGGUCAAAUAUGGAUUUCAAAGUUUUCUUAGCGAAUCUGAUUUGGAAACGAAAAAAGCAGUAGAGAAUACUUAUGCACAAACUUUAAAAAGCAAAAGUUCUAUGAUCUACAGUAAGACGAAGGGUGGUAAUCAAUUAACUCAUAAUCAUAGACAACGUGACCAAGCUACCGUCAACAAUUUAGAUUUUGCUGCAAUGCCUCUCAACUCUCAGUUUGAUGCCAAAUUUCCUAAAACUUUAAGCAUGAGUUCAAUUAAAGUACCUGAUCACGCAAUGAAAAGUACUCUACCUAGAAAUAAUUCCCGCAAUAGCUAUAUGAAUAGAAGAUCACGAGAAUCUCGGAGACAUACCGUUGGAGGAGAUGAUUCAAAUAUCGACCAUGGAAUGAUAAGAAGAGCUCAAUUACUUGAUGAAGAACGUAGAACAUUGGAAAAAGGUUUAGAAAAGAUUGAAAAAGCAAAAUCAUGGUAUUUAUCAAAAAUAGAAAAUAUUAAAAGUAAACAAGGUAGUCUUGAACAGAAUAAGGAAAAUUGGUCAAUUGAGGCUUGUAGAGAUAGAUUAAAGUUACAGAAUGCAAGAAUUCAAGAAUUGAAUCAACAAUUGGAAGCACUUGUACUAAGCUCGGAAAAGGGUCUACCGUUACAUAUGAACUUAGCGUUUAGCGAAACACCGAACAAGGCCAAUAAUGUCUCAAACGAUAAUCAUCAUCAAUAUAUAAUUUUGAAAUCUCAAAAAGAUAAGAUUGAACAGCAAAUGCAAAAAUUGACUGAAAAAGUUGAACAGCUAGAAAAUGAAAAACAAACUCUAAUACGUGACGUUUUCGAGGCAAGAGCAUGUAGUAGAAAAGGUAUAUUCUUAGACGAUUCUACAUUUAUGUAA